UAUAUAUGUAAUAAUAAUGCAUCAAUGUUCGUAUAAACCAAUUUCAAAGAAAUUAUGAAUAGGUGUUAUUUCUGUGUUUCUCUAUACAUUUUUUUGUUGUUUCUUGUUAUGAUUUCUUAUGGAACAACAUGUGAUACUAGUUUGAAUUUGAUGAAAACACGAAUACCACACGAUUUGAUCGAUGAAACGUGUGAAAAAUGUGCGAACCAAUCUGUGAUUUUGAGCUAUAGUUUAUGCUCGACGGCUCUUCCGGUGAUUCCGGUGAGUCAUUCGACGAAUCUUGAAGGGUUGGCUGUGAUUGCAAUGGAGUUGGCUUUGGAGAAUGUGACUGACACGCUUACGAAAAUUGAGAAGAUGUUGGGUGAUGAGAGUUUGGAUAAGCAUGUGUUGGGUUGUUUAAGGGAUUGUUUGGGACUAUAUGGUGAUGUGGUGUGGACGAUAGUGAGUUCGGUGGAUGUGUUUUUGUCGGGGAAUUAUGAAGUGAGUAGGACUUGGAUGAGUUCGGUAAUGGAAGCUGUGUCGACGUGUCAAGAAGGUUUUGAAGAGAAGGGUGGAGUUUCACCAUUGACUGAGGAGAAUUAUAAUCUCUUUCAGUUAUGUGGUAUUGCGCUUUGCAUCAUCCAUUUGUCAACCCCUGUGGCUGCAAAUGUGGUACCUUUUUAAUCAACUCGCACCAAGCUCAACUGAAAAUGAAUACCUUUCUGUUUUCUUGAGAGCUGGUUAUGCAGAGUUCCGUGUUUUCACUUUGGGAUCAUAGGUUCUAGUUUUGUUUUUAUUUGUAAACUACGAUUGUAAGAAUGUUUCCUCGUUAACUGACUUUCCAGGGACUAGGAGUAUGACUAGAAAUAAGAUUUGUUGCCUACUAGCCUAUGUAUUAGAAUGUACAUUGACAUUUGAGAGAGUUAGGGCCUUUGAGCAUUGGGAAGUGUAUACUCUUGAAGUUCUGUAAUUUAUCUAUAUUGUAAUAAAGAGAAUUCUUCCCUAAUUUUUCUCAUAAA